GGGAAAAAAUCCAUAAUUUUAUAAGAUUAGGGUUUUCUCCUCUCUCUAGAAAAAAUUCUUCAUUUCUCUACCUUUGGGUCUUUUUCUUUUUUUUCUUUUAAAAAAAUAAAAAUUAUUAUUUUACUCAAUUCUCCGUAUUCUUGACUUUCUCUUCAAAAAGUUUUCACAUUUCUAGGGUUUUCAUUUUCUUGAUCGACUUUCUUUUCUUUAUGUAGUUUCAAGAUCGAAGCUUUUUCACAAUUUUAUCGUUCAAUUAUAUUUUAAAUUUCAAAAUUUUAUUUAUCAUUUCAUCCAUUAAUUUGGGUAUUUGCUUAAAUUUUUGUUUGUUGUGUUAUUUUAAUUUCAUUGAAUUUGGGGCUUUGCUUGUUAGUAUUAAAGUUUGAGUCUUUUUUCUUGUCAUGGGUCAACCAUGAUUAUUGGGUUUGUUUAUUAUUAAUUUGUUUGAACUGCAUUUAUCAGAUUAUAUAUAAAUUAGAGUAGUAUACUAAUUGGGGUUGUGUUUUAAUAAAUUAAAGAGUGAAUGUAUCCUUCAACUAUGGAUGGUGGUACUGCUUUGAUUCCUACACGUUUUGUUUGGCCUUAUGGUGGAAGAAGUGUAUACUUGAGUGGCACAUUUACUGGGUGGGCUCAGUUUCCGAUGGCGCCUGUCGAAGGAUGUCCAACUGUAUUUCAGACUGUUUGCAGCAUACCACCUGGUUAUCACCAGUACAAGUUCAUUGUUGAUGGUGAAUGGCGACAUGAUGAGAACCAACCUUUUGUGAGUGGAAGCUAUGGAACAGUUAAUACUCUCCUCUUGGCCAGAGAUUCUGAUUACCUUCCAGCAGUACUAACUGCUGGAAUAGCUCCUAAUUCCAACAUGGAUGUGGAUAACCAGGCCUUUCAGCGUUUGGUAAGAGUGUCAGAUGGUGCAUUGCCAGAUGAUUCUUCCAGGAUAUCACAGACAGAUUUAGAUAUUUCCCGUCACCGUAUAUCUGCAGUCCUAUCAACACAUUCAGCUUAUGAGUUGCUUCCAGGCUCAAGCAAGGUCAUUGCUUUGGAUGUUGACUUACCUGUAAAGCAAGCAUUUCAUAUUCUUCAUGAGCAGGGUAUUCCUAUGGCUCCUUUAUGGGAUUUCAGCAGGGCACAAUUUGUUGGAGUCCUUAGUGCUUUGGAUUUUAUUUUAAUCAUGAGAGAGCUAGGGAAUCAUGGUUCCAAUCUGACAGAAGAAGAGCUUGAGACACAUACUAUAUCUGCAUGGAAAGAGGCAAAAUCUUACUUGAGCAGACAAGCCAAUGAGCAUGGUAAAUCAGCUCCACGACGACUUGUCUGGGCAGGGCCAGAUGACAACUUGAAGGAUGUGACAUUGCAAAUUUUGCAAAAUGGGGUGGCUACGGUACCUAUAAUUCAUUCACCGGCUCAGGAUGGAUCAUAUCCUCAGCUAUUAUACCUUGCUUCUCUCUCAGAAAUACUAAAACAUAUUUGCAGGUAUUUCAAGCAUUCUCCAGAGUCUUUGCCAGUACUUCAUUUGCCAAUUGGUGCAAUUCCGUUGGGCACAUGGGUUCCAAAAAUUGGAGAGCCAAAUCGACAACCCCUGGCAAUGUUGAGGCCUACUAAUUCUCUAAGUGCAGCAUUGAAUUUGUUAGUGCAAGCUCAAGUUAGUGCAAUUCCCAUUGUUGAUGAUAAUGACUCCCUGUUGGACAUAUACUCUCGAAGUGAUAUUACAGCUUUGGCCAAGGACAAGAUCUAUACACACAUUAAUCUUGAAGAAAUGAGUAUUCAUCAGGCAUUGCAACUUGCAGAAGAACCAUACGCACCUUAUGGGUUGAGCAGUCAAAAAUGUCACAUGUGUUUACAGUCUGAUCCAUUGCAUGAAGUGAUGGAAAGAUUGGCCAGACCUGGGGUCAGGCGACUUGUUGUCGUGGAAGCGGGAAGCAAACGUGUAGAAGGUAUCAUAUCACUCAGUGACAUUUUCAAGUUCUUGCUUGGGUAGAUGAAUCAAACAGUUGACAACAGACGUGAUUUUGAUGCCGGUUGCUUAAUCUGUGUUGGUCAUAGCUCAUGGUGCACCCCAUAUUCAUGGGGAUUUGAUCCCGAUUCUUUCGUGUAUACAAUUGAUUGGCCUCAAGUAUAAUGGCCUGUGUCUUUUAGGAUGUUAGGAUAAAGAAUUGAGGCAUGUAAAUUUUCACAAUUGUUUCCCUCCUUUCACCGUUACUAAAGGAUUAAGAUCAGUUGUCCAUCUUUUCCUUAAUAAGUAUGAUUAGUCAGGUUAUGCAGUCAA